GUCUGGCACCAGGCUGGAGUAAAAGGGGCUGGAAACUGGUGACAAAGCUCUCUCAAAUCAGCAACCUUCAGGCUAUGGAGAAAGCGGAGAUAUUUCUGUUCAUCUUCCUCGUGUCUCACUACAUCUUCAAGAUCGUCGUCAGCUCGUGGCUCGUCAGCAACGAGCAACCCGUUCCUCUCACCAACUAUGGAUUGCCUAAUUGAAGUUGGGACACCUGAUCCUGUUUGCAACAUGGCAGCCGAUCAACAUUAGAGGAAGACAAAGUCGCUUCGAGCUGUUUUUGUGCAACCUGCUCUGUUUCAUGUCCAGAGAAUUUGAUGCAACUGCAAUUUGAUACAUCCAACCCGUGCGUAAAAGGACGUGGCCACAGCGGUCCGUUCACAGGUGCCUGAAACAAUCUGCGCUAUGCUUUAACAGUUUCCGGGGAAACGCUAUAGAUAGAGUAGAGGGUGUGUUUGUAGCUGCAUGCAUGUUUUUUUUUUGUGUUUUUUUUUUAUGCGCACAGUCCAAUUGCGCAGCGCAGCUUUCAGCCGCUCUACUGAUCCAGUCGAUUCCCUGCAGGACGUGAAAGUCUGACACGCAACAGGCCACAUCACCCUGAAGUCUUGCAGUUCCUUGAGAGCAGACACUUUAAAAAAAGCUUCAACCAAGUGCAGCAGUGCCACAGGGUUGAACCAUGGCUUUGCCAGAUAGUGGUAUAUCUCGGGAGGAAGCCCCAUUCCCAGAGAUCAUAGAGCUCAAUGUUGGUGGACAGGUCUACAUCACCCGCUACUCCACCCUCACAAGUGUGCCGGACUCUCUGCUGUGGGAGAUGUUCAGUCGAAAGUCAGCCAAAGGACUGGCCAGGGACACCAAAGGGCGUUUCUUUGUUGACCGGGAUGGUUUCCUGUUCCGGUACAUCCUGGACUACAUGCGGGACCAGCAGCUGGUUCUCCCAGACCACUUCCCUGAGCGUGGACGUCUCCAGAGGGAGGCUGAGUUCUUCAACCUGCCAGAGCUUGUCAAGAUGCUGACACCCAAAAUCAGCAAGCAGAACUCCCUCGGCGACGAGGGGUGUCAGAGCGACCCGGAGGACUCGUCUCCUGGGAUUGACACGGCGCGUAACCUGGGGUCCCUCGGGGCCGCUGCCGCUGCCUGUGCGAGCCUGGUGCCAGGGGGGAUGGAUGGCAAACGCUCAGGGUUCAUCACGAUUGGCUAUCGGGGCUCGUACACCUUGGGCCGCGACAGCCACACCGAUGCCAAAUUCCGGCGGGUGGCACGGAUCAUGGUGUGUGGGAAGACCUCCCUGGCCAAGGAGGUGUUUGGAGAAACGCUGAACGAGAGCCGUGAUCCCGACCGCCCCCCUGAGCGCUACACGUCCCGCUACUAUCUCAAGUUCACCUUCCUGGAGCAGGCCUUUGACAAGCUGGCAGAUGCUGGCUUUCACAUGGUGGCCUGCAACUCCACAGGAACCUGCGCCUUUGCCCAUGAGCAGACAGACGACAAGAUCUGGACCAGCUACACUGAAUAUGUUUUCUACCGAAAUCCAUUAUCAAGUUCCAGUGCAGUGACCUGCAGUGACCCAGCUCCCAGUGAAGCAAUAACCGCCCAACCUGCUGUUGCUCCCUCUCAAUCUGCCACGGUGGAACUCGGCAGCGCCGGCCGAACUCAAAGCCUUCCAGAAACCUCUUGCAGCCCCGCAGAGGAUAUUCAGAAACCACCCCCUUCGCCUCUAACGCUUCCUCCACCUCCUCUCAGCGUAGACAUCGCAGACCUUCCUUUUCCAUCACCCCCAAUCCUUCCUCCACCUCCUCUGCCUUCAAAGCCUUCCUCUACCUCCAGCCCUCCUCCCCCACCAACGCCGCCCCCUGUCGAGAGCCCCCAGCGUCCUACCACCCUGAACUUAAAGACACUUCCACGGGCCGCUGCCAGGGAGAACGGUGGCCCUCCACCUGGACUGAAUGAGGAAGAAGAGGAGAAGAAAAUCUUGGAAGAUGAUUUAAAAAAAUGCAUUGAUGACUUCAAAAAGAUCCGCUUGCCCACAGCGUUUCCAGAUCGCAAGAGGCACUGGCAAAGUGACUUACUGAAGAAGUACAAUGCAUAAACAGUUGCUGCAGCACAUCUGUAAAUAAACUUAAAAAGGACUUGCUGUGAGCAUUAGACUGCUCUUGUUGUUAAUUAAAACUGUGAAGUGUGAGCAAGUUGACUUAGACCUUUAAUACCUUUUGCAUGUCAGCAGAACAAGAUAGUUUCGGCAAAGCUUUCAAGCUGAGCUUCUCUAGUAAUUCCAUAAACACAAUAAAACAUAAUGGUCUUUUUCUAUUAUAGCAAUUACUAGUAACACAAUUUGUUCUAUUCAGGUACCUCAAAGCGUUAAAAUAUAUUUUGAAUAAUUUUCUUUGCAAUGUGAUUAAAUACUCUCUCUCUGUACCAUGUCCCCAUAUUAAGCAACUGAAAGAUUUCAGCAAAGUGUAAAGCUUUAUUCAUUUGACCUUAAUAAUGCAAAAUAAAGGAAAGAGAUUACAUUUUAUGGUGCUAAUCUAAACUAUCUCACUUUAUCAAUAUUAACUGCAUGACUUCAAAGCCUUUCUAAUGUCUCUAAUACAGAAGCACUGAAGUUGUCCUCAAUUUGUGAUUAUCUUCCAGCUAGCAAAGGAUAAAAAAAAUAAUCUGAGAGAAAGUACAGCAAAUCAGGAAGCAGAAAAAAAAUCAGAGAGAGAAUGAAGCAUACCAGGAAGCAGAGAGGGUAAUUACAGAAAAAGAGAAUGUGGAAUCAUAAUGGCAGUUAGGACUACAUGGACCAAUGAACAGUUUCAUUUGUUCUUCUAUCUGCUGCAAAUGAGUCUUUUUGUGUGUGUCUUCAUAGUGGGUAAAUUGUGAUAAUCAAGUUUCCAUUAAAUGACAAAUCUGCUGUUUAUUAGUGGCAGUGACUCAGGUGGUAGAGCAGGCCCUCCAAUGAUCAAAGGAUUGGGUCAUCUGUCGUUGUGUCCUUGGGCAAGACACUUCACCUUCUUUGGCCCAAUCCCAAUACUCCCCCUACUUUCUUUCACUAGCCCUACUUUCUAUCACUACCCCUAAAAAAGAAGGGACAGAUUUUAGGGCACUUGAAAUCUUCCCAGGGCCGUGUCCCAAUACACCCACCUACUUUCAGCACCACCCCUAAAAUCAGGAAGCUGAGAGCCAAAAGCUGUUUUAAUUUCAGCUGUAGCGCUGUUAAUAUGCCACUUUAUUAAGUUUUAAUAUUUUUUCAGGCGUAAAAGUAACCGUUAAGAUCCCCAACCUGGGCUCAGUUUAUCCAAAUAACGCCUGUUAAGAAAUUUGACCCGAUGUUUUCGGAGAUGAGAAGAGCCGCUGGUCCGGGGCGCAGCAGCAGCAGCAGCUCACGUACAGAUCGCCCUGCACUAUCGUCCAGGGGGAGAAACCUGCAGCUCUGUUGAGAAUUACCGCUAUCUGAAAUAAAUCAUUUAGGAAGAUAAAUGUUGGUUUAAUAGAUGAAAUCUAACAGUUGUAGCUACGCCUUUUAAGAAAUCUGCUCCGAAAAUUAAAAAAUGUCUGCCUGCCGGCUCCGGAGCUGAUUUAUGGGUCCGUGUUAAACCGACGCAGAGCCUACGACGUAGGGUACAGUACGUAACCUACGCGGUAGGCUCUGCGUUAGUGUAACGCGGAACCAUAAAUCAGCCUUUAUUCUGGACGAGGUUUGAAAAAGACUUCGCAACAAUGGGCAAGCGAGUGAUUAUAUACAUUCACUGAGUCAAUAUUAUGAAAGUAAAAUAUAUAUUUCUCGCUAGAAAUGUAAUCAAAAUGCAUUUUUAUGCAGAAACUAACUCAAAAUAUUGAUUUUAUUCACUAAAAAAUAAGAAAUGUCCGCCAGGUCUUUUUUUUUUUAUUCAGUCCGCAAAUGACGACGAAAAGCAUUCUGGGAAAUGUUUCUGUCCCUAGAUCAACUAGUGAGGAUUGGAAAUCCCUCGAUCCGUAGGGACAAAUUCAUAGCCACUACACUACUUUUCUUCACUACGCCUAGGUGGAAAGAGGAAUUGGGACACCACUACCCUCACGGGAACGCACACAAUUUAGGGGUAGGGAUGAAAAGUAUAAUGGCUGCCACGUUUUUUUUGUCAGUCUGCCCGAGGACAGCUGUGGCUACAUGUCCAUCAUGUAAAGCAGAUGUUUCAGUGCUGGUUUGGGAUUGGCUUCAUCUGCCUCUGCUGCCACCUCCUGCUGAGUUGAUACUAUCUUCACCACCUGCAUCCGCCAUUGGCAUCAGCUCCGUCUUUUAAAAGGAUUCAAACGUCAUUCACGGGCAGCUGUCCUUCUUUUACGCAACAGUUCACACCCUUGCAAUGAGCUUUUUGAAUUCUGACAGCUUAGCUGAACCUUGUGAUUGUUUCUGGGUUUUUGUGUCUUAAUUUGUUCAUAUGAGGUGCACUUCCCAGUUUUGACUGCCUUAGUUUUGUUAUGCUUUACUGUUUUGUAAAUACAACAUCUCAGCUCGAAUUUGACAUCUAAACAUCUUUUUCAUGCUGUGACCUGCAAUCCUAGCCUAGCCUAGGUCGUAACAUAAAGUGGGGGCUCGUCCCGGAAACAAAUUCUUUCUAUAGUAAUUGUCAUAAGAUGUAGUGUCCAGUUUCCUGGUUUUUAGACUUAAUCCUACUUGGAAUCCACAUUUAUUCUAGUGCGCUUCAUAGCUACUCCCUCUUUUUAACUCACGUGAUCUGCUGCAGACCGUGGACAACUUUAAUCUGAAGGUCCUGAGCCAGGUUUUUAAAAUAGAGGCUCUUGUGGUGGAGGGAAUUUACUUAAAUAGUGUUUGGCUCCAAAAGUUAAUGAUUUUUACUCCCUUCGGCAGCUACAAUAGUGGUACCUGAGGAGUUUAAAAAGUGUAUACCUCAUCGUAUUGUGCUGUACCUUACA